AUACGUUUAACCACUUCACUCCACAGCACCAACCGUGACAACCUCAAACAAGCAAGCACCAUUCGCGACAAGACAACGAUAGAUAACUUCAAACUUCAUAUUCUUGUCUUUUUUGAAUUCAUACUAUUGAAGUUACAUGAUUACCCAAAAGUUUCUACCUUUCCAUUCUCUUGAAAUGAAACUAACCUUAACAAAUCACAACUUCUCAACACUCUUGAAUUCUUCUUUUAUCAAUCUAACAAGACCCUUUUGUUCUUUAUCGCUAUCAUCAUCAUUAUCAUCAUCCACUUCUAUAAAACCCCAAGUUCCAAUCUUUUUGAGACCACCCAUUUACUCAACAAAAUUGAAUGACCUCAAAAAAUGGCAUAAUUGGGCAAAAAACAUUGCUUUUUCAAUUGGGUCAUCUUUUGUUCAAUCAGAUAAUGGACCAGACUCAACCAUUUUAUGCAGAGAGCUAAAAUGGUUCAUUGAGGAUGUUGUUGAAAAUCACCACUCACUUUUUUCCCAAGUGGGCGAUGAUAAUGAGAAGGUGAAAAUGAGGGCAGAUAUAGAGGAACUAUAUUGUCUGUGGAAGCAAAGGAUUGAAGAAAGGAAACCUUUUCAGUAUAUAGUUGGAUGCGAGCAUUGGAAGGAUUUGGUUUUGAGUGUUCAAGAAGGGGUUUUGAUUCCUAGACCCGAGACUGAACUUAUUGUUGAUUUGGUUUCUGAUGUUGUGUCAAAGAAUGAGGGUUUGAAAAGAGGGGUUUGGGCUGAUUUAGGGACUGGAAGUGGUGCUCUUGCUAUUGGCAUUGGCAGGGUUUUAGGAGAUGGUGGAAAGGUUAUUGGGUCUGAUUUAAGUCCUGUGGCUGUUGCUGUUGCAGGUUACAAUGUGCAAAGGUAUUCUUUGCAGGACAAAAUUGAACUAAGGGAAGGAUCGUGGUUGGAACCAUUGAAGGAUAUGGAAGGAAAGCUUGCAGGUCUUGUAAGCAACCCACCUUAUAUACCUAGUAAAGAAAUCCCUGUUUUACAAGCUGAAGUUGGUAAACAUGAACCUAGAGUUGCGUUAGAUGGAGGCAUUGACGGCAUGGAUGCUCUUCUCCAUCUGUGUGAUGGGGCUGAUUUAAUGCUGAAGCCUGGUGGAUUCUUUGCCUUUGAGACAAAUGGUGAGAAGCAGUGCAGGGAACUUGUUGAUUACAUGAAAAGUAAUAAAAGUGCAAGCUUAUGCAAUUUGGAAAUAUUUGCUGAUUUUGCUGGUAUUCAAAGAUUUGUAAUUGGAUUUCAUCGAUAAGCAGUUUAAAUUACAAAAUACAAUUUUGGUAAACUAAGGUAUCCUCACACGCAACUGCAUAGACUAAUCUCUCGAGGUAGUUGAGAUCCAUUUUAGAGGUCCAUCUCUCCAAAGAUAUGUUUUUUCAUACGCACCAAUAUGAGAUCGAACCCCUAACCAAAUGAUUAAAGGACUCAAAUAUCUACUAUUGUGUGACACUGUUGGUAGUUACAAAA